AUGCUGAACAUUUUCUCUCUUAGACAGGCCUCUGUCCUGGGCGGCUUUUUAUGUCUCUUAAAAAUAGUGGGCGUCUUUUGUUGACAUUUCCAGCAUGGCUUGGGUGUCAUUUCCUCCCGGAGGGUAGAGCCAAAGUUUGCGCAAGUCCACUCUUCUUCUCUCCACCAGGUCCUGGGCAGAAAAGAUCAUGAAUGUUGCUUCCACAAGCCUCAAGAUCCUUCUGUUCAAAGCAUUGAUCAUCUCUUCCUUUGGCACUUUGAGCAACGCAGCUAAGGAUCCGACCCGUCAUUUGAAGGGGAUCCUGAGAGGAUCAGCCUCGUUUCCCGUAACUGUAUCUCCAGCAAGAACAGUUGCCAGAAUUACCUGGGACUUCUACCCCGCAACUGGUGAGCCGUAUCUCCUUGGAGAAUUCAGAAAUGGCAAACUGGAGCAGCCAAAUCUCAAGUUUGAAGGACGGCUGGAAAUGGCUAAUGAGACCACGCUGAGGAUCAAGGGCCUGGAGGUGGAGGAUACUGGGAUAUACAAGGUCCGUGUGAGAUUCACCACCGCAGUCGUCCAAGAUCACACAUUCCAUCUCGCUGUCUAUGAGCCGGUGCCAACACCACAAAUAUGCCACCAAGAAGUCUCCAACAGCCCAGGCAGGUGCAACGUGACCUUGCAGUGCCAGGUGUCCGGAACCGGGGGAUUUGAUGUCUCUUGGAGAACAGGGAAUCCCCUCAGGGCCUUAGAAGACAGUUUUGAUUGGUUUCACCUCUCUGACAAUGGCAGGGAUCUCCGCUUGUCAUGGCAGCCUACUCCUUUGGACUCCAGUUUCACCUGCCUGGUCAGCAACCCCGUGGAUCAGAAAAACGUCUCCUUCGAUUUGCUCAGUAUCUGCCAAAAGGAGACUCAAGGUGUACAAACCAAGUUGACCUUGGGGCUUCCUGCCUACCUCACUGCUGCUUUUGCGACUUUGAUAAUGACGCGGAACAGGAGGAAAAUAUUCAAAAGGAUGAAAGGAGGUAUGGCCUUCCUGAUGCCAAAGAAGAAAAAGAGCUCUCUUGCACCCCACUGCUCAGACAGGAGCCCCCCAGAAGGUGGCGAUGAUCAGGCUCGCUGGGACAGAGGGGACUCCCCAAGAACUUCAGCACCACCCUGGAAAUCCUGUCCUCCUGCGAUGUCUAGCCCUGUUCCGGUACCAGAGGAUGAAUAUGACCCCCCACAGACCGAGCUCCUGGGGAGCAGGCAGGGUCUCCUGGAGCCACCAUUGAGGAUCUCUGUUGAAGGAUGCUCAUUGCCAUUAGAGGCAGCAUCAGAGGCACACACCCAAAGUCCUUGAGAACGGCGGCGUCAAAAGGUCCAGGCCAAAGAGCGGCAACAUAUUAAGCGGCGACAGGCCCAGAGGCAUCAUGCGAGUUGAGGUCUCCUCGACAGCAAGCAACCCCUGAAAUGCCUUCCUCACCAGCAAAUUUUAAUAUAUAAUUAAAUAGCUUUACACAUGUUUUUCCUGUAUAAUUUGUUUUCUAGAAAACUCAAUGGAGGAUGUGGCUACUAGCCACUAUCAGUGGCUACUAGCCACGGUGGCUAUGCUCUGCCUCCACAGUCAGAGGCAGCAUGUUUCUGAAUACCAGUUGCUAAGGAUUACA